AGCAGACUGCUCCCGGGUGUGUGAGCGCGCAGGCGUGCUAGACCUGCGGUCUGUGCCGGACUCUUCCGAACAGGUGUUCCCAAGGGCCGGUGCUGCAGGGACUACGGACCCGGGACCAGCUAGCGCUAUGGGUAGCGGCUGCCGCAUCGAAUGCAUAUUCUUCAGCGAGUUCCACCCCACGCUAGGACCCAAGAUCACCUAUCAGGUCCCUGAGGACUUCAUCUCCCGGGAGCUGUUUGACACAGUCCAGGUGUACAUCAUCACCAAGCCAGAGCUGCAGAACAAGCUCAUCACUGUCACAGCCAUGGAGAAGAAACUGAUCGGCUGCCCUGUGUGCAUUGAGCACAAGAAGUACAGCCGCAAUGCCUUGCUCUUCAACCUGGGCUUCGUGUGUGAUGCCCAGGCCAAGACCUGUGCUCUUGAGCCCAUCGUCAAAAAGCUGGCUGGCUACCUGACCACACUGGAGCUCGAGAGCAGCUUUGUGUCCACGGAGGAGAGCAAACAGAAGCUGGUGCCCAUCAUGACCAUCUUGCUGGAAGAGCUAAAUGCCUCAGGCCGGUGUACUCUGCCCAUUGACGAGUCCAACACCAUCCACUUGAAGGUAAUUGAGCAGCGGCCUGACCCUCCUGUGGCCCAGGAGUAUGAUGUGCCCGUCUUUACCAAGGACAAGGAGGAUUUCUUCAACUCACAGUGGGACCUCACCACACAACAGAUCCUGCCCUACAUUGAUGGUUUCCGCCAUGUCCAGAAGAUCUCAGCCGAGGCAGAUGUGGAGCUCAACCUGGUGCGCAUCGCCAUCCAGAACCUGCUGUACUACAAUGUUGUGACACUUGUGUCCGUCUUCCAGGUAGGUGAGUCUGCAGUCUGGUACUCCAACGUGUACUGCCCGACACCCAAGGUCCAGGACCUGGUAGAUGACAAGUCCCUGCAGGAGGCAUGCCUAUCCUAUGUGACCAAGCAAGGGCACAAGCGAGCGGGUCUCCGGGACGUGUUCCAGCUCUACUGCAGCCUGAGUCCAGGCACUACUGUGAGAGACCUCAUUGGCCGCCACCCCCAGCAGCUGCAGCACGUUGAUGAAAGGAAGCUGAUCCAGUUUGGACUCAUGAAGAACUUCAUUCGGCGACUACAGAAGUAUCCCGUGCGGGUGUCUCGAGAGGACCGGGGCCACCCUGCCCGCCUUUACACAGGAUGCCACAGCUAUGAUGAGAUCUGCUGCAAGACAGGCAUGAGCUACCAUGAGCUUGAUGAACGGCUGGAAAACGACCCCAACAUUAUCAUCUGCUGGAAGUGAGGCUGGCCGGGGCUGGGGCUGCUCUCUCCUGCUGAGCCCGGCCUGGCGCACGAGGCCUAGUCCACACUGUCAAGAUCCAUCCUAGCUUAAAUAAAGUCAUCCAUCCUUUCAA